UAUGUCAUAUUGUUAUUUACAUGACUAAUAACUGACGCUGUCCGCUCGCCGCUUUAAAGUGCGCUUAACAGUCCAUAUGAUGGAAACGUUUAAAUUAUUUAGUAUGCAAUACACAAGCUGUUAAUAUUUACAUGCUAUUAUGUGUCUCAGAGCAUUCAAGGAGAUCUAAACCAACAUCCCCAAAUACACUGUCACCACAGUCGCAACAUUCUGACCCUUCACAUAAUACGAACAAAGAUAGUAUUAUAUCUUUGGAUAGUGUGAGUAAAACGAAUCAAAUAUUGGAACAAUUAACAAAGCAGCUGAAAAAUUCUGAUAAUACCAUCACGGACUUAAAAAAUGAGGUUUAUAAGUUGAGACAGUAUGUGAAGGUUCUACAAACGGAGAAUUCAAUACUCAAGAACAAACUUGCUCAAACCAAAGCUUCUUCUAGGGUCAAUGGAGAUAGCAGAUUUGAGUCCCUAGAACAUAUUUCUGAGACCGACUCUGGUUCAAUUCAGAAUGGACGUGUUGCAGACGAAGUUGACUUUAGGCACAGUAGAAGAAAUCAGAGGCCGACGAGCAUGUAUGAAACCCGAGAGGGCAUCAGUAAAGUUCCUAAUUGGCAUGUUAUGAAAAACCAGUUAAAACAUGGAGAUUCAAUAAGAAACACAAUGCAUAGCACAUACGUUUCAUCGCAGGAUCGAGAAACUGUCUUGCAAUGCACAGAACAAAUAACUAGAACCAUUCAACAUUUAUGUAGGUGUAUACAAGAUCCUGAAAAAGAGGAAUGUGUUUCUAGCGCAGAGGGAGUCAAAUUGGCCAUCAUUCGACUUGCUUCUCAUCUACCUAAAGAUGCUGUAAAAUUUCGCUCUUAUAAACGUUAAGGACAAUUUCUUUUGCCUGAAUAUUCAGACGUUCCUUCUUGUCACGUUUUCGGGGCGGAGGCAUCACUGAAGAGAAGGCAUGGCUGAAGGAAGCAUUGGGUGAAAUAUUCUCAGUUUCCUCUGCUGUAUCCGUAGACGACAUGCUAACGUAUAAACACUGUAUGCACCGAAUAUGAACAGCAACUGCCGGCGCCGGCGUGCCGGCGAUACCCCGAGCCUGAGUUCUAUCCUGCACUUGUUCGUAGUUCUAUGACCGAAUGACCAAUAGCUAUUGCAACGCUUAGGCGGCUGCCGGUUUGCCGCGCUGCAUCUUUGUUGUGCCGGGACGUAAAUGGACUUCGAAUCGGGUAUAAACAAUUUAUGACCUCACAUAGAAAAACUCGUAUUUUGGUUAUACCGAAAAUUGAGGAUUUCUUAGGUUGGGGUGUUAGACUUUUGGAAUGCUAAUAGUGAGUUUGUGCGCUCUAACCAUCUUGCAAACACAUUUUUGAUCUAUAAGACGCAUAUGCUUUUUCAAAAUCUUAGUGGAUCUGAUGAGUUAUAAAUAUCCAGACUUCUACGGUUCCUAUAAUAAAUUUCUUCAGAUUCAUUUCUGAAACUCCUUUGUUACGGGAUAUAGAUAAAAGUAUAAUAUGUUUAAACUAUUUCAAGUGGGAUAGUACUGAUUUAUAAUCUUAAUACUGUUAACUACUACUAGUGUGCCAAAAUACAGUCUCUCCUAAUUUUUUUCCGGCGUUGAGUAUCUCCGCAGUCUCUGUGGCUUAUACGGCAUAUUUUUACGAAACAUUUGCAUUUGAUCACAUUUCAUUUUGAUCUAGGUUGUUAACCACUUAAACGUAUCAUUGUCACUUUAUUUGGUAUUUUUAGGAAACUGAGGCUGAAAGGAUGAAACAAAUGAUAGAUUUUGUAUCAAAGUUACAACCAGAGUGUCAAGCCUUGCAAAACUCACACAUAAACAACGAUAGUAAAAACGUUGAUGUUCACUUCGGUAAUAUUAGAGAUAUAGCAUUCCAACUUGCCAAAAUUACAAAAGAUGUGGUGACGAAAUACUCUUCAGGCCAGUAGAAGACGAAGUUUAUUUAACAAAACGACUGAACGUAGUAUAACGAGGUAGUCCUUUGAACAUAAUGUCUUCAGUAUGUUGAAAACACAAGUAAUCGUUAGUACGAGUAAGUUUUAACAGAUGGUAGUUUGGAUUGUGCAAUUCCGUUAAAUAAGUUUUUGGUCCAUUCUCAUUCAAGUAUUAAUAAUUGAUAAAACAAUAGUUUUCUAGUUCUAUGAAACAUUUUUCUUUGCUUCAUUUAAUGGUCGGCUAUGACAACUGACAAACAUAAGAAUUGGUAAAUUAUUUUCUGUUACACUAUUUACAUUCAAUGUUUUUCAAAACAUUAUAUUAGAAUUUUGACUACUGUUAUUAAUGAAUAUUGGUUUAUAUAAUGUUUACAUGUUUUAUCAGUACUUGUCUUCAACCUGCUUGGUAGAACACACAUAAUUAUUAUGCAAAAUUAUUGGCUAUUUUUUAAAAAAACAGGAAGCGUCUUAAAAAAGUAGCAGAGUUACAAAAAAUAUAUAGUUUUCAAGUUUCUUAUAGAAUUUUUACAUAAGGUGUAUAUUUCAUUAUUUUUUAGCUUACUGCAAAAGUUGUCGAAUUUGGAUUUUUUUACUUGUUUUUGUCUCAUGUUCUGUAGGCCUAGAAGUUAUAUCCAAUGUUUGAAGGUAAGUUGUUUCCAUUACAGUAUUAAUUAAAAACAGAUGGCCACAUGAAGUUCUAAGGUUACUUUUGAAAUUAUCGUUUUAAUUUUUUAUGUUUGUCAGGGUCGUAGCGUCGGAGCGUAUGAAGAACAAAAUCUAGGUCUGUGAUACUUUUUAUGUUUUGCCAAUAUAUAUUUUAAGUAGUAUUUUAGAUUUAUAAUUUCUACAUUUGAAAUGCAAUAAGAACGCGAACUAGUUUUGGUUGUGUGAAAUGAUGCAAAGAAAUAUGAGCACUGAUCUUAUUAAUGAUUCCUUUCCUGUAUUAAGAAUUCCACCUACAGUUUUAUUACAUUUUAUGUCUGUCAGUUGUACACUAUGUUAUAGUUUUUAUUUGUUGUAUUGCUUCGAAUUUUCGUUUUGUAAAUUUUAUCAUUUAUAUGUGUAUAUUCUUUGCUAUUAUGUUAUUUUUUUAUUUAACAUAAUCUUAUAUACUUAGAUCCCAUAAAUUCAUCGAUCUUGAUAAAUCCAUGGUUCAUUUGCAGUUCAAACUAACAUUUUGCUAAAGCCCUUUUAGGAAGAAAGACGUUCGAUCAUGGUAUUUUAUCGACAGCUUUCCGCAAAAUUGUCCAAAAAGCUACAUUCGAACUGGAAUCAAUCAUAUUUGAUUGUAGGAUUCUGGUGGUGCGGUAGUAUAAAAUCCGCGUAUUUUAGCGAAAAAAACUGUAUUUGAACCAUUGUUUUAUCAGGUUAGACAAAUUGUUAUAGGAUCUGGGAAUAUUAUCAUUACCAAGUUGUUAUGAGUAAAUAGCUUUUAUAAAAUUAACGUGUUGUCACAGAGCAAGAAAAACUUACACACGCUGCUUAAAGGUUGGUUCUCACUAUACAUUCCGUUUCCAUUCCGUAACCGUUCCGCAAAUUAUUGAAAUUAAAUAUUCGCCUUCGCUUAAAGCAGGCUAUUGCAUGUGUAUGCACAUUAUCCGUACGGUAUACUGUGUAUACAAUCAAAUUGUACUGAACGUUUACGAAACUGAUAUGGAAUGGAAACGGAAUGUAUAGUGAGAAUCAACCUUAUAAUUACUUGGUGUAUUCUGUUACUUGACUGAGUUCUGUUUCUGAAGAACACUUAGUAUACUAAUAAUAUCUAAAGCUUUACAAUUAUAUUGUUUUAUAUAUACAAUAAAAAUAUAUUGUUAUCAA